AUGAUGGGCAAGGCUGCGGCUGUGCUCCUGACCCUCCUCCUGAUCUCGGUGCUUGGAACGAAAGGCAAGGCCCUGCCACGCUCAGCGGUCGAACUGCGGUGCCAGUGCAUAGGCACCUACUCCAAGUUCAUCCAUCCCAAGUUCAUUCAGAACGUCAACCUCACCCCCAGCGGGCCUCACUGCAAGAACGUCGAAGUCAUAGCCACCCUGACUGACGGCAGAGAAGUGUGCCUGGAGCCCACGGCUCUCUGGGUGAAGCGGAUCAUCAAGGAAAUUCUGGACAAGGCAAACGCCAAACCUGAGACAGUGUCCUAA